AUGGCAAGUCCACCUUCCGCUGCUAGCGAGUAUGAUCCCAAGAAUGAUCCAACCCGGAAGCCACAAAAGACUAAAGAUCCAGGGUGGAAGUAUGCCUACUGGCCAAACCUUAGCAACAAGGAUGAGGUAGCAUGCACCUUGUGUGUUGGGAGUGUUCGUGGAGGGAUAAAAAGGUUGAAGCAACAUUUAGCAUGUGGCUUUGGAGAUGCAAAAAUUUGUCCUAAAGUGAGCACUGAAAUUAGGAUGGAGAUGGCAGCUUAUUUGGAGGCUAACAAGAGAAGAAGACCUUUGUUCCUAGAGGAUGAGGAUGGAGAAGCAGAAGUGGUGGAGGUGGCAUCAAGUGGGCCUCCUGUAAGUGAGGCACAGCAAAAUGAAUCUUCUCAAGCCGCCAAGGUUCAUCCUAGUUCAGGGACAGCAGCCAAAAGAAGGCAAUCAACCAUACAAUUGAAGGCUGUUGGUAACAAGACUGCACAGCAAAAGACAAAGACCAUUGCUGAGAUGCUUCGAAAAACACCAGAAGAGGUGGUAGAUGAGAGACUGUUAGGUUCUUACCAGCCCACAAUUAAUGCAGCAGCAAAAAGCCGGGAGGAGAAGCAUUAUGUGGAUAUGCAGUGGGGUUUGUUCUUCUAUGAGUGUGGUGUACCUUUCAAUGCAGCAGCCGCAAGACAAUUUCAGAUUGCAGUUGAGGCCACAGCUCAGUUUGGUUCAGGGUACAAGCCUCCAACACCUUAUCAACUUGGGGAGCCAUUGCUUAAAGAGGCUGUGAAGUCAACAAGUACCAUGAGGGAGGAGCAUGAGAGGGCAUGGAAACAGUAUGGCUGCACACUUAUGUCUGAUGGAUGGUCCGAUAGGAGGGGACGCCACUUGAUUAACUUCCUAGUGAACAGCCCGGAGGGGACAUACUUCUUGGAGUCAGUUGAUGCAUCAAGUGAAGUACAUGAUGCUAAGAUGCUUGCUGAUCUGCUAGAGGAAAGAAUUGAUGACAUUGGAAAAGACAAGGUUGUCCAAGUUGUUACAGAUAAUGGUGCUAACUUCAAGGCAGCAGGCAAGCUUUUGAUGGAAAGGAUUCCUACAAUAUUUUGGAGUCCAUGUGCUGCACACUGUUUGGAUCUCAUGCUAGAGGAGAUUGGGAACUUGCCAGCAUUCAAGAAAUAUAUUGCACGUGCAAGGCGUGUUACAACUUUCAUCUAUAGGCAUGGGAGGAUCCUUCAUGCCAUGAGGGAGAAGACAGGUGGGGCUGAUCUUGUGAGACCUGCAGCAACUCGUUUUGCAACUUCCUUUCUUACUUUGAAGAGUUUGUACAAGCACAAGGAAGCUUUGAAGGCUUUAUUUCAUAGUGAACAAUGGAUUGGGAAUAAAUUGGCAAAAACCAAAGCAGGUCUAGAUGUGCAGGCCAUUGUGUUCUCUAUAGAGUUCUGGAACAAAGUUGAAGAUUGCCUUAGAGCUUCAGCCCCACUUCUCAUUGUGCUUAGGGUGGUUGAUGGAGAUGAGAAGCUAGGAAUGCCAGAGGUUCAAGCAUUAAUGAACCAUGCAAAAGAGAAGAUCAAUCUGAGCUUUGCCAUACCAUCCAAGAAAAAGUUGCUUGACAAGAUCAUGGAGAUAAUUGAGCGAAGGUGGGAGAAACAAAUGGAUCAUCCACUCUAUGGGGCUGCAUUGUUUUUGAACCCAGGGAAGCUCCAUCCUCUCACAAGAAAAAAUGAUGAUGCAACUGUUGGACAACUAAGAGGUUGCUUUCUUGAUGUACUUGCAAGAAUGGUGGAGGAUAAGAAAACUAGAGACAAGAUCGAUGCUCCAGCCAUGGAUUAUGAAUUUCUUCGAGGAGAUGCUUUUUCAAACAAAAUGGCCAAGCAAAACCUUGAGUCUUUGAGCCCUCUUGAUUGGUGGCGUUCAUAUGGUGGCCGUGCUAUUGAGCUACAAAGGUUUGCUAAGCGUGUGGUCAGUCUUUGUGCUUCAUCAUCUGGUUAUGAGCGCAAUUGGAGCACCUUUGAAUUUGAGUUUGAUUGGGACAAUGAGUGGGCUGACUCACUGCAUGUGCCCCCUCAUGGUGCUCGUGGCUGUGAGUGUGACCAUACAUGGGACCUUGUUGAUGAAGCUAUUGGAGCAUCAGAGUUACUUCGUGGCAGAAAUUUACCAAGAACAGCCCACAACAAGCGUGCUAGAAAUUUUGCACCUAUUGGGGUUCAGGAGGAGCUGGGUUCAGAAAAUGAGGAUGAAGAAAAUCAAGAUCCCUAUGAUGACGCAGAUGUGACAGAUUGUGAGGAUGAUCCUUGUGAUGCCAAUGGUAGUGGAGGAGAUGAGGAGGUAGCCAACAUCAUUGGAGAGUUUGAUGAUGGCUAUUGA